AUGGUGGUCGCCGGUCUUGGCGGCGUAUGGGCUCCGGCCGCUCUACAGCGGCUGGCCCGUACCGCCGCUUAUAAGGCUACCAAGCUGGUUCGGAAGAAGUUGGCAGCAGCUCUUCAGCCAGCGAAUGCCUCUUUGGAGCCCGUUCUUGUCAGAUCUGCUCGCCCAAGACAACCCAUUCACCCAUCUGCUUUGCUGCGGCAGCAAAAGAGCCGACGAUGGCACUCAACAUCGACGUAUAAGAACAUCGACGCCGCGGUGCGCCGGUUCAUGAGCACCGGGCGUAUUGAUGCCUUGCCCAAGGUCGACCGAACCAAGUUCCUGAACACCCAGACCGGCCGGGCUGUGGCCCAGCUCACUGGCCGCGCCCCCUUUGCCAGCACCCUCCGACCAAAUCUCACCGGUGGAGCGUUGCCGCGCACUGCCGGCGGAUACGGUCUCGGCUCGGGGCGGAUCGGCGGGGCCCGAUACUUCUCACAUGCCCCGGCUACCCAAGCCCAGGUGGUACAGAACGUGUCUACCGCCGUCCGGGCCUUUUGGAUUUCUGGCCAGAAGGCACAGUUUGACGGGCUGAGUCCCUCCGGCGAGAAGCGGUACCGUGCCGUCUCUGCUCUUCAAGAUGAGACACAACGCAAGAUGGCAGCUGCACCUCGACGCACCCCAGGGUCAUACGUUGACUUCGCCCUCAACCCCACAGUCACUGCUCUCAGCCCUCUCGCUGGUGCAUUCCCUUUCACUGCUACUGGCGCCAAGGUACAGUCUGUGGACGUCACUAGCCUCAACACCGAGGGGUUCCUCGAUGUCCUCUCCGUCGAUUUUGCUCGGGCUCUGAAGGAUCUUACAACUACCUUGUCCGAUAUCAAGAAGCUAUCAGCGCUUGGCGAUCUUCCCAUAGAACUCGAAAAAGGGCACAUCAUACGCGUUCGGUUUCCAGGAGUGGACGCGGAUACAGUCGACACUCUUUUAGAUGACCUUGGACUUACACAGGGCAUCGUCAGGGAGGAUGCCGACUUCAGUGUCGAGACAGGGGUUUCGAUGGCCCUCAAGUUCCCCUUCGCACCCGAUGCCGGUGGCGCAGAGACGGUGACAUCGCCUGGGGGCUCUCUCAGAUCUCUAGGGAGCUUUCCAGCGGAGGACGAAUUAUUCGAGGAUUUCAGCGAAGUGGAAGAGAACCCUUGGCUGCAAUCUCCCGAGCUGGAAGGCUACGAGAGCAUGUCCCCACCGAUCAGUUCGGGUGAGCACUGUUCGGGCGAGUUCGAGGGCCUCGAAGGCGUAUAUCGAUUUCUCGAGGAAUGCGACCGGGAAAGAGGCAGAUUUUGA